AUGACAUCAAUAUUGCCAAUAAAUCAACCAACAUUAUCAGAUGAUUAUAAUAAUGAGGUUUUGGUUGGAAUCAUAUUCAUCUAUUUAGGUUAUCAUAAUAUUGAACAUGAACAAAGACAAAAACGUUUAAAUAAUUUAAAUAAUAUAACAACAAUACUAGUGUUUAUUAUCACAGUAAUCAACGUAUUUAUAUCCGGUUUCGCAUAUGAAAAUGGCGGUCGAAUUGAUGAUUAUGAUUUGAAUAAUAAUUCUACAUCGUUGAAUGAUUUAUUAUUAAAAAUUAAUCGAUCAAAAUGGCCACUACAACCGCAAAAUUGAAAAAAUGUCAAAAAAAUU